GUGAGUGAGAGUUGGAGAGAGCUAUGUGCCUUGUCCUGCCGUGGCGCGAAGCAGACAGCAGAGUGGAGCUUUAUUCAUGUUGUUUUGUGUGUACUGUGAGAAUAUGGGGAGCAUAUUUUGAUACUCUAUCAUAAUAUCUUUAUUUAAUAUUUCAGAGGUAGCGUAUUAUGGACCAAUAUCCCUAUAAUGCUCCCACUUCUUGUCAUUACACCACUACCACUACUACUAUACCGCUGAGGAGCACACCUCAACAGGGAGCGCAUCUCCACAGCACACCUGGAGGAGUUGGUUGUGUUGGAGUACAGAGAGCCUGGCUGUAGUUCAUCUUAAAGAAUCAAACUGCAAUGGUUCGUGUUUGUGCAUUUCCCAAUUGUGGCAACAAAAUGUCGAGCCACACUUCUCGCAGCUUUCACAGACUACCUCUGCUGGAUAAGGACAGACGGAAGUUGUGGCUGGAUGUGCUCCAGAUGGAUCCAAACACUCCUGUCCAGACACUGCGCCUCGCUGACCAUCGAGUCUGCAGUGACCACUUCAACCGGGAUGACUACAGUCAGCCGAGGAGGAGAGCAAACAUUAUACCAAGACACUUUUACCUCAAGAAGAAUGCUGUUCCGAGAGUGGAGAGACCUGCUGCAGGCAUAGUGGAGGUAACAGUGUGGACGGACGAGUCCAUGGAAGCUGUUUCAGAGCCGGGAGCAUCAGUGGAUGUUGUAGACCCAGAGCUUGUUCAUGAAGCUUCUCCUAGACUUUCUGAAUAUGGAGAGGAGGAUAACUUUGUUGAUGUUGCUGCAGAAAAAGAAAUGGAAAGUGAAGAAAUUGAACAUGAAGAGAGUGAGGCCGCUUCACAGUCGUAUUUCUCCACAGAAGACACAAUCAGUACAGUUUUGGUUCACGGUGGUGAGCCAGGGAGCACCUCAGAGUCUGAAAAAGAAGAGGGUAUUGAGGUGAAAACCGAGGAAGAGUUUGAGUUGAACGAAGAAAAUGUGUCAGUAAAGGACAACCGCUUAGAGAAAAGUCCUGCAGGACCUGAUGUCAGCGAGGACACAAAUAUGCACAAGAGUUCUGAGGAGCAAACAAACACAGAUGUAAAGGUAGACCUAGACAUCGACACCAAGGAGGAUGUGGGCACACAGCAGGAGAAGGAGCCUCCUGGCAGUAAAUUCAGGGUUUCUACAGCGGACGACCUCGAUGAGAUGAUGGACAUUGGCACAGUGGAUCAGGUGGAACAAGAAGCUCAGAUGAAGGAGGAGCAACUAAAUAGUUUGAUGGAUGUGGAUUGCAGCCGUUCACCUGCCGAUUUAAAUACAGCUUCAGUGACGGAGGACAGUAACUCUGUUGAGGAGGAAGCUGAUGUUAAACCCACUGUAUUUCCACCGCCUGCAGAGGGGGAGCAAGUGGAGGACUUGAAAGUGGCUUUAGACUUGAUGCAGUCCAGCUCGUCUCCGGUGUCUGAAGCCACGGCCAGUACAGGAAGGGACAGCUCAUCACCAGCGACUGUAAUGAACGGGAUGAAAGUUGUUAAACUGUCAAUACCAACGUUAGACACUGAAACUGCUGCUCACACACUCAAGUCGUCUCCUUCACCACCUUUGGUCAAGGUGAAAGAUGAGCCUAUAGACGAAGAGUAUGAACAAGCUCUAAUAUCGUCUGUAUCUACAGCAAAUGUGAAAGAUGAGCCCAAUACUGCAAAGGAGGACUUGAGGAUUGGAUCGGUCUUCUCUGUGACCCCAGCUGUCGAAACACAGACGCUUCCCCUUGUCAGUCCCUCAUCAUUGCAGAUGUCCUGCUCCCACUGCAAGAAGAACCUGAUGAAAGGACAGACAGCUUUCCAGAGGAAGGGCUCCCCAGCACUCUUCUGCUCCACCGCCUGCCUCACCACAUCUCUUCCCACAUCCAAAGGAGUUACUAAGAUCUGCCACAACUGUCAAAAGUUGAUAUUUCGGCCUCAGGAUGUCAUUCUGGCUCCAGAUGCUAAAGGCACCAUGAAGGAAUUCUGCAGCCAGAACUGCCUGACCUCCUUCAACUACAAAAGGAGCACCUCCAAAUACCGGAUCUCUGCCACCACAACCACCACAAAAACACCACAACCAAUAGCACCACAGUCACUCUGCAGCAUGUGCACCAGAUACUGCGUUAGUAAACAUGAGGUGAUUCUGAGCGGUGCUGUCCACAAGAUCUGCAGCGACGCCUGCUUUAACCGUUUCCGUACAGUAAACAACCUGACUAUGGCCGGCUGUGCGAACUGCGGCUCCUACUGCCACAACAAACCGCUCAUGCUGAAGAUGGACGACAGCAACAAAACUCUGUGCAACGCAGAGUGUCUGGCCAAGUACAAAGAGAAUACGAAGAUAACCAAGCCUUGUACGAUGUGCCGCACUACCCGGUUGCUGGUAGAAAUGGUUGACAACAAAAACAGCGAUGACUCUGUGAACCUCUUCUGUAGCAGCAGCUGUGUGAUGGCAUUCAAGGUCCAGACUGUCAGUGCAUCAGGUGCUCGGUUGAGUUGUGAUAGUUGUGGGAAAACCACCGUACCGGCCUACCAUCUGGCCAUGUCAGAUACCUCCAUCAGGAACUUCUGCGCUCUGCCUUGUGUCAUGGCUUUUCAGGACAAGUUCAAGAAGUCCCAGAAACAGGUGAAUGUUUUUACCAAGUUGCCAAUCGGAUCCACCCAAAUCCAGACCGUCACUACUACCCAAACUCUGCAUGAGGCCCCCAAAGGACCACUGAGACUGAACUGCCCCCAGUGUACCCGCAACAUCACUUUUAAACCUGAACUCCUACAGAUCAAGGACAAGGUAGUUUUCUUGUGUAGCGUGGACUGUGCUCAUGAGUUCAAGAAAGACAACUAUGUGACGAGCCUGUGUGAAUACUGUAAGAUCGAAAAGAUCACCAGAGAGGCCAAGAGAAUUAACAACCGAGACUGCUUCUUCUGCAGCGACGGCUGUAAGCUCCUCUUUAGACACGACCUGACUAAAAACUGGGGGAAGCACUGUCAAUCCUGCGUCUACUGCCACAGUAUGUCCAAGAAGCUGGUGACGGCACAGUACGGAGGCUCGACGGAGGAGUUCUGCUCUGAGGAGUGCAGGUCCAAAUACACCAUGCUCUUCUGCCAUGUUGCAAAGUGUGACACCUGCGGCCACAAAGGGAAACUGAAGCAGAGUCUCCCCAUGCUGGGAGAAGUCAAACACUUCUGUGAUCUGAGUUGUCUGCUACAGUUCUGCUGUGAUAUAGUGACCACGCAGGGCGAGGUCAUCAGAGGUACAGGGGAGGCCACACCUGUCAUUGCCAACGUCAUCUCGCUUGCUUCCGACAGAGCUGCCCCGCAAGGCGCGGUCUUUCAAACAAAGAACUAUGGACAUAUCAGUAUUCAGACUGAUCCUGGCCCCAAAAUCCUGAAGAACAAGGCUGUUCUCUGCAGACCGCUAGUGCAGAACAAAGGGGUUUCCUGUCGAACACAGACAGUUGAUGUCGGAGCACAGACAGAUGACAUCUUCCCUAAAAUCAUGGUUGUUCCUGUCCCAGUGCCGGUGUAUAUUCCUGUACCCAUGAACAUGUACAGCCAGUGUACUCCUAGACCUGUGGGCCUGCCAUUACCGGUGCCUAUACCCAUGUUCCUUCCUGUGACGAUGGACAGCGCUGAACGCAUUAUGGAAACCAUCCAGGAGAUCAAGGAAAAGAUCCCGUCUGACCCCUUCGAGGCAGAGCUCAUCCUCAUGGCUGAGAUGGUUGCAGAACAAAAUGAGAAGAAUGAGAAAGAGGAGAGACCAAAGGAGAAAGUGGUGGAGAAAGAGAGAGGGAGACAAGAAGCAGCUGCUCCAGAUGACCACGGCAGUAACUACAGUGACGACUUGGACACAGACGACUUGGCCAGUUUCCUCAACAACUGGGAGGACCCCUCCACUGACGCAGGUCUCCAGUCUCCCAGUCGACCGUACGGCCAGGAGAAGCUCAACACCAUUCUAGACAUUCCUGUGGGUAUGACCAAUGAGCCUUACUCCGAACCUCCGCCUGCAGCUCCGCCUCCCAUGGACAUCGAAGCUGACUUCACUAUCGAAACUCUGGAGAGGAUGGCGCGGUUGAGAGAGCAGCCCCGGGGAUCCCCAAGCCCUCCGCCUGACGCUCCACGACGACGACAAGCUCACAGGAAAGCCCGAGAAAAGAAGGGUCGUAAGUCACAGCGGUCUUCUAAGGCAGCUGAAGCGUCGGCUCAAAAAGGCUCUGUCAGCAAGGCCAUGACUGGAGACGUCCCAAAACUGAAGAGUCAUUAUGGAGUUGAUGCCUGGAAGCGAUGGAUCCAGUGGAGGCAAACUCAACCCAACCUGGAGAAGCCUCGCUUCGGUUCUCGUCCCAUGGAGUUGAAGGAGGAUGUUCUUCGCUGUACCACUGCUGAGCUGAGCUACGGCCUCUGUUGCUUCAUCACUGAGGUGAAACGACCCAAUGGAGAGCCGUACUCCUCCGACAGUCUGUUCUACCUCUGCCUCGGCAUUCAACAGUACCUGUUUGAGAACGGUCGUGUGGAGAACAUAUUCAUGGAUCGGUUCUACAACAAGUUCUCCACUGAGUUCAAUAAUAUGCUGAGAGGGUUCAAACCCUCAAUCACAGCAAAUGGUUAUAUCCAUUCCCGUGUGGAGGAGGAGUUUCUGUGGGACUGUAAACAGUUGGGGGCGUACUCCCCCAUCGUCCUCCUCAACACCCUGCUCUUCUUCUGCUGCAAGUACUUUGGCUUCACCACGGUGGAGCAGCACCGCCAGCUGUCUUUCGCCCACGUCAUGCGCUGCACUAAAACCAACCAGAACAACACCAAGACCACCUUCCUGCGCUUCUACCCGCCAAUAUCCAUAAACGAGGCUGAGUCAGAUCCAGAGGUUCCUGCGAAGAAGCGUAAGGAGGAGGAGAGUAAAGAGGAUAUUCUGGAGAUGAUGGAGAACAUAGAGAACCCUCUCCGAUGUCCAGUCAGACUCUACGAGUUCUACCUCUCCAAGUGCUCGGAGUCAGUCAAGCAGCGCACCAACCUGUUCUACCUUCACCCCGAGCGCUGCUGCGUCCCCAACAGCCCCCUGUGGUUCUCCUCCUCCCCUUUGGACGACAGCGCCAUGGAGGGCAUGCUCAUCCGCAUCCUCACCGUCAGAGAGCUGCAUCUUCGGACCAGCGGAGGUACGGAGCAGAAGACACCCGAUGAUCCACCAUUUAUACCUGACGAGGAGGAAGACGGGGAUUCAGAGUGAUUGGGAGCAGAAGUGACCUUUCAUCGGCGUAGCAGCUUGUGGUGUAAAUGUUUGUAGAUAAACUGAAAUGUUCAUUUAAACAUGGCCCAAUAAACAGAAAUGGACAGAAUACAUCUCUCACAUGUGUAACUAUAAUGUGCAGAAGUGAAAAGAAAGUCAUACUUCCUAAACCACAUGCUCUGUAGGUGGGACUUUGGAAGUGAGAUACAAGACUCAGCUCAGCAUUCAGACUGUUAACUACUGCUCCGCAGGACACAUAGCUGUUGGAUAAUGCUACUUUUUUUUCCUUCCAUGUUGAUUCCUACAAUUAUUGUGCAAAUUGGAUUUAAGUUUGUUUUUUUGUCCUUGUUUGAAAGACCUACAAUGAAAAGACAAACUGAAAACAGCUUUGUGAUGUAGAAGUAAAUCACAAAUCAUCUUGUUGAGUGACAAAUCUGCAGUAUAGUUUGAUUUUCAACAAUGCAUCAAUGCCAUGAUUUGGUGUCAGUCGAAGAGCACAUGCUUAUUUCCAGGCCCAACAUUUUUUGUACCCUGAGGAUUGUUGGAAAGUCAUUCUCCGAAAUCUAGGAAAUACACUUCCUAACAGGAAUUCCUGGAAUAGGAAAUCACAGAUUUGAUUAUACCAAAGUGUGACAUGAGAGGUUUCUUUUCCUUAUAUCUGCUGGUAUAAUCAAUGUUCCAGAGUCUUCUCCAACUUGCCAUGGUAAAAUGUAAAGACUUAAUUAUCAGAUAAUCUGAUUUUGAAAGGUCUGGUCACUUGAUUGUGAGAUUACAGAGUGACAUUGUAUUCUUAUCUUAAACGUUAAAUGAAUAAUCAAACUGUUUUCUAUAUUUCCUUUUGCCCCAUCAAUAGAAAUGGACAGACUUUGAUCACCAGUGUCCAAAUGAUGGGAUUAAAACAUGUUUUGGGAAUUGAUUUGAAUACGUUUAAGAAAAUUCUGUCUUUAAAUUUACCACUGAUUAAAAAAGGCUGGCAACUUUCAUGGUAUUUGGACAAAACACAAUUUUUUUCCUUUUUUGGGCCAACUUUCAUCCAAGCAUCCACUAGACAUUAACUUUUUGCAUAACCAUAACCCUGGUGUAAAAUACAAAAGAAAUACUGUCCCUUCAUGUAUAUCUUGGUUAUAUUAACCCCCAGUCCUUUAAGUAUGGCUGCCAAUGUUCUGAGUAUUUUCUAUUGUAUGUUGUUUUUGAAUAAAAACAUUUCAAACGUA